AAUUUAAGGAGUCACCUGUUUUUCACAUUACAAAUCAAGGGUGAUUUUACGAACCCAAAACGAUAGAUUACCUAAAAAGUGACUAAAAAUCUAGAACUAUGGGGAAGAUAAAUAUCUUUGAGAUAUCCUUUGGUAAUGGAAGCGGCGUAUACUAUCCCGGGAAUGCAGUGGAUGGUCAUGUUACUGUAGAACUUAAAGAACCAAUAAAAAUGAGAGGAAUACGGUUACAAUUUGAAGGCAAAGCAUACGUUGAUUGGUCAGAAUCUUAUUCAAAAAAACCUCGCAAUUACUCUGCUACGGAAAAAUAUUUUUUUCAUGAAGAUCUACUUUUUGGCAUAUGGCCUAAGCAAGGCAGCGAAACAAAGGAACUACCAUCAGGCAGACACACCUUCCCUUUUCAGUUCAUCCUACCACUUGGACUCCCAUCAUCAUUUGAAGCAGGGACUGGUUAUGUUAGAUACACUGUGUCCUGUAACAUUGACAGGCCAUGGAAGAUUGACCACACGACUUUGAGACCAUUCACCGUCAUUGCUCUUUUGGAUCUGAACCAGCAGCCUAAUUGCAUGCUAAGUUUACGACAAACAAAACAGAAGGAUUUUUGCUGCCUAUGCUGUAAAUCUGGACCUGUCCAAGCCAACUUCAGUAUUGAAAGGAAAGGUUACGUUCCAGGGGAGGCAAUUAAACUAUUUGCUGAAAUAAGCAAUGGCUCUGAUAAAAUUAUGGAAAAAUCAUAUGUCGACUUAAAAAUGGUCAUAACAUUUAAUGCGACAACAAAUAUAAAAAUUGAAAUACGAGAUGUAGCUAGAGUGACACGGCCAUCCAUAGAAAAAUAUAGCAAGGACACUUGGUCCGGAGAAGAGCUUGUCAUCCCACCACUGCCCCCUUCAUUUUUGACUGGUUGUAAAAUCAUUAACAUUAUCUAUAUGCUACAGCUGACUGUUGAUCCAUCAGGACUUGGUCUAGACCUUAACGUCCCCUUGGAAAUCAUUAUUGGCAGCAUUCCUCAUGUGUCAGUGGCACAGAUGUACCAGCCUAAAUUAUCCCCACCACAGACAAUGGCCCUGGGUACCAACUCGUCACCCACAGACACUGAGAAUUUAUAUCCCAAUCCACCACCCACCAGUGCUCCUAUCUUAACUCCCUAUUCAUUUGGUGAAUCUACCAUUGGCCACUAUAAGAUGACAGAAGGAUAUAAUGAAUACACAUUCACAACAGGAAAACUUGAAUACUCCCCAGUUUAUCCCUACUACAAUUUUGGACUCACAGCAGGAGCACCGCCAGAGGGAUGUUCAAAAUCUUAGACUAGAAAACAUCAGUCACUUUUGGUUGUAUGUUUAUCUGUUACUUCUCUCAUGUUUUAAGUUGUUUUCUUAAAUUCACAUUCAAUAAAGUAUUUCUUUUCUGAUAAAUUAUAAAAAAAACAUAAAAUUGUUUGUUCUCUUCUUUACAACUCUUACAUUUAUUAUUGGACUAAUUGUGUAUAAAACUGAAAAUACAUAGGCCCCUAUAUUUGAUGCAUUUAUUUAAAACUUAUUCUUGUAGACAUUUUUAGUGUCAAGAGAUACUGCUACCCUAUUAUAAGCCAUAAAACAAUGUAUUGUGUCAACACCUUGUCUUCUUUGUGAUAUUUAUGCUGUGAAAACAAAUAUGUAAGUAAGGAUGUUUUGCCUGCUGUAUUGUUAUCCAUGCCACUUAUUUUUACCAAAGAUCAAAAGAUAAAGAAAAAGAUUCAAGUGAAUCUCUAAGGAAAGCAUGAGGUUUACUAAAACUGUGAACAUCCUUUUAUUUUCUUACCUUUUUAAAUUAUCAAUACUUUCAAUAACUUACUGUUAUAUUUCCUAAACAAAUGUAU